AUGUCAUCUGCGAUAUUGAAAACUGUUGAAGAGGCUGCUAUUAUUACUUCCAUCGUUGCGGGUAUUGGUUGGGUAGGUAAGAAGGUGCUCAAAGAAGAGUUUACCGAAGACCCAAGCAAGAGCAUUGCUAAGAUGACCACUGCCGUAGCAGGCAGCAUUGCCCUUAAGGACUACUUACAGAAGGAAAAGUACAUUCCUAAUUUGAAUCCUGGACAAGAGCUUGACAUUUUUGCACUUCAUUAUGUCUUCUUGCCCAGGAUUCAACGGUCAUUGGAUUCCUUUAAGGAGAGGUUCAACUACCACUCAUUAUCUACUGAGGGUAACAGGACACCCCGACAACUUUGGGCCUCUGGGCUUCUUAGCAAUUUCAACUCUACAAACUCUGGAGUCCGAGAUUUAUUUGACAAUCCUGAUGAUAUUGACUUUUAUGGUGAUGACCCAGAUGCCCCAAUGCCAGAUCCUGAUAAUGAAGUUGAAGGUGUCUCCAUCCCUCCUGUUGCCUUCCAUCUACAAGAGGAGUACCUUCAAGUGUUGAGAGAUACAUUUGUUCCACUUGAAGAAKAUGSCAACUAUGGCAUUAAUCUCUUCCUUCAGGUUAAAGAAUUCCUUACAAGGCUAAACAACUUUUAG